AUGCCAGAAACGAAGACCGCCACAGAUCCUCUGACUGACAAGUCGAUCGACCACGAAGUGAGAGAUACUGCUCGAUCAAAGCCUAGCAAAGGUGGAGCCAAGGAGAACGAACCAGCUUCUGGAGCACCGGCGGCUGCAAGUUCUCCAACAAACGAGCUCACAUAUCCGGGGAGGUUUCUGUCUAUUGUGCUUAACAUUGCUUUGCUCCUCGCUAUGUUUCUUGUCGCUUUGGACAUGGCAAUUGUGGCCACAGCGAUUCCCACCAUUACAGCCGAGUUCCACAGCGUCGACCAGGUCGGCUGGUAUGGGUCUGCCUUUUUCAUGACUCUAGCCGCCUUCCAAGCAUCCUGGGGGAAAGCCUACAAGUACUUCCCUCUCAAAAUCGUCUUCCUUGCCUGCAUUGUCAUCUUUGAGAUAGGAAGCCUGGUCGUGGCCCUCGCACCUAGCAGUCUCGCUGUUAUUAUCGGUCGUGCCGUCCAAGGUGCUGGUGGCGCCGGCGUUACUGGCGGCUGCUACAUCAUCGCGGCAUUUAUUACGCGACCCAAGCACAUGGCUCAGACCAUUGGCCUCUUCGGUACAGCGUGGAGUUGCUCUUCAGUCCUCGGCCCCGUCCUUGGUGGAGUCUUCACCCAAGAUCUCUCUUGGAGAUGGUGCUUCUGGGUGAACUUACCGAUUGGAGGCGCUACCAUGGUCAUUAUACUGCUCCUGUUCAAGACACCAGCACAUUCUCGCCUCGCGCAUGCGAAUUGGAAGGAAGUUUCUUUGCAUUUCGAUGUAGGGGGCGUGAUCUUCUUGCUUGCUGCCCUGACCUGCCUUUUGUUGGCUUUGGAAAUGGGCGGGGUGACGAGGCCCUGGAGCAACAGUGUGCCUAUAGGAUUACUUGUUGGGUUUGUUCUAAUCAUUAUCACCCUAGUUGCGUUGGAGUGGAAGCAGGGUGAGCGAUCGAUGGUGGUCUUUCGCAUAGUGAAGCGUAGAACAGUCGCAGCCUUCUGCGUCUUCGGCUUUUGCGUUCACUCGUCCAGUUUUGCGCGGAACUACAACUUGCCAAUUUAUUUCCAGGCUGUACAAGGGGUCUCCCCAUCAGAGUCUGGAAUUCGAACGCUACCCACGGUGCUCGCGGGCUCGCUCUUCAGUUUCGUAGGCUCUGUCCUUGUGGGUAAAAUUGGUUACUGGCAGCCAUUCUUCUGGAUUGGAAGCAUCUUUUCUGUGGUCGGCGCAGGCUUGAUAUACACCCUGGAUCUCCACUCCACAGCCGCCCAUUACAUCGGCUACCAAGUUGUAGUGAGUAUUGGCACCGGGUUGACCAUCCAAAUCCCCAUCAUUAUAGCGCAAGCAAUUUCUUCACAACUCGAUAUGUCCGUUACCGUAUCCAUAGCCCUCUUUUUCCAAUUCAUUGGUGCCACUAUCGGUGUGUCUGUCGCGACGAACAUCAUGGACAAUGUUAUAAUCUCGUCACUUCCAGCCAAUAAUCCCAACAUCACCGCCGCGAAUGUCUUGGAGGCAGGUUCCUCCAGCUUGCGCGAAUACUUCCCUAACCCCGACGACCUCAACAUCGUUGUAAACGCAUACAUGGAUGGACUUCGUGCUGCUUGGGUCUGGUCCAUCGUCCUUGUCGGUGUUGGUCUUUUGGCUUCCUUCUUCGCUGAGUGGAAGAGUUUGCGGCCAGAGGAUGUGAAGAAGAGGCUUGAAGCAAAAAAGUCAGUUUCGGAAUUACCAGCUGAUGCUUAA